AUGGUUGCUGGAAGGUUCCCUGCUGGACACUUCGCAGCCUUUGCAGCCUCGGUGUUCCUGGGAUGGAAGUCCCUCUAUUCCACGGGUGCCUCAGAAGAGAUUGUGCUCUCCUCCAGGAGGGGCGGUGUGAGGGUGUGUGGUCGGGAGCUGCUGCCGCUGUUCAGAGGCAGGAAGCUGCUUUGCCUGCAGUGGCAUCGGGAGUCAGUGGCUAUGGACCCAUGUCUGAAGACACUGAAACCCAAGCUUUUGGCACUCUACGGCCUCCUAAUGGGUACACGGGGGCCUGCCGGCCUGGGCACGGAGGGCCGCGGAUGGCAGCAUGAAGCUGUUAUGCUUGGAGAACAGGAGGGCACGAGGGUCAGCCACUCCCUUGUGGUGGUGAGCACCAUGAUCCCACCGCCCUGCUGGAGAGUGGGGCACACAGGUCCGCAGCCACUCACACCCCUGUCCGUGCUUUCCGGCGGACCUGACAGUGUGGACACGGCUGGUGGCGCUGGUAGCCACCUAGCGCCGCACAGGCGGGAGACGGCAUCUCAAACUUGCUCCAGGAUGGAGAGUGACGCCUUGGAUGCUGACAUGGAAAAAGUGAGUGGAGCGCAGACAGGCUAUUUCGUGGGGGGGCCUGGGGAGUGCAAAGGCCAGGAGGCUAGAAUACCCCCCGGAAAGGCGUCGUCCAGCCCGACUUGGGCAAACUCCGCGCGCCCCGCCCGGGGCCAAGUUGGCCAACUUCGGGGCUGGUUGGUCGCAGAGGGGCGCCCCGCAGCGCACCUGGGCGCCCCGGGUCGGGGGGAGCCUAGGAGCACUCGCGGCUCCCGGGACCCGAGCGUGGAGACCGAGGGCCGGGAAAGCCCCGUGGCGGAGAGCGCAGCGCCAGCCCCAGCGGGUCCGGGGGAGCCGGGCGAGGCGGCGCCCGGGCUCGCGUCCGGGGACGCUCGGGAGGAGCCGGGUGGGCCCCUGGGCCACAGAGCGGAGCGCAUCCUGGCGGUGCCGGUGCGCACUGACGCCCAGGGCCGCUUGGUGUCCCACGUGGUGUCGGCAAUGGCCCAGGCAGGGGUACGGGCCCGCAGGGCUGCCCCCGUCCAGACCCCAGGCUUCCCUGGAGGCAGCGAAGAGGACCCUGGCGGCCGCCUCUUCUACAAUGUCACUGUCUUCGGCCGCGACCUGCACCUGCGGCUUCGGCCCAACGCCCGCCUCGUGGCGCCCGGGGCCACGGUGGAGUGGCAAGGCGAAUCGGGCUCCAUCCGCGUGGAGCCCCUGCUUGGGACCUGCCUCUACGUCGGAGACGUGGCCGGCCUGGCUGAAACCUCCUCCGUGGCGCUCAGCAACUGCGAUGGGCUGGCUGGCCUGAUCCGUAUGGAGGAGGAGGAGUUCUUCAUUGAGCCCCUGGAGAAGGGGCUGGCGGUGCAGGAGGCUGAGCAGGGCCGCGUGCAUGUGGUGUAUCGCCGGCCACCCACCCCCAGGUCCCCUCCUUUGGGGGGACCACAGGCCCUGGACACAGGGGCCUCCCUGGACAGCCUGGACAGCCUCAGCCGCGCCCUGGGCGUCCUGGAGGAUCAGGUCAACAGCUCGAGGCACAGGGCGCGCAGGCACGCUGCCGACGACGACUACAACAUCGAGGUCCUGCUGGGCGUGGACGACUCGGUGGUGCAGUUCCACGGGAAGGAGCACGUGCAGAAGUACCUGCUCACGCUCAUGAACAUUGUCAAUGAAAUCUAUCACGAUGAAUCCUUGGGGGCCCACAUCAAUGUCGUCCUGGUGCGGAUAAUCCUGCUGAGCUACGGGAAGUCCAUGAGCCUCAUCGAGAUUGGGAACCCCUCUCAGAGCCUGGAGAACGUCUGCCGCUGGGCCUACCUCCAGCAGAAGCCAGACACAGGCCACGAUGAAUACCACGAUCACGCCAUCUUCCUCACCCGGCAGGACUUUGGACCUUCGGGCAUGCAAGGCUAUGCUCCUGUCACCGGAAUGUGCCACCCUGUCCGCAGCUGCACGCUAAACCACGAGGAUGGCUUCUCCUCGGCCUUCGUGGUGGCCCAUGAGACCGGCCACGUGCUGGGCAUGGAGCACGACGGGCAGGGCAACCGCUGCGGCGACGAGGUGCGCCUGGGCAGCAUCAUGGCGCCCCUGGUGCAGGCAGCCUUCCACCGCUUCCACUGGUCCCGCUGCAGCCAGCAGGAGCUGAGCCGCUACCUGCACUCCUAUGACUGCCUGCGGGACGACCCCUUUGCCCACGACUGGCCGGCGCUGCCGCAGCUCCCGGGGCUGCACUACUCCAUGAACGAGCAGUGCCGCUUCGACUUCGGCCUGGGCUACAUGAUGUGCACCGCGUUCCGGACCUUCGACCCCUGCAAGCAGCUGUGGUGCAGCCACCCUGACAACCCCUACUUUUGCAAGACCAAGAAAGGGCCCCCCCUGGACGGGACCAUGUGUGCACCUGGCAAGCACUGCUUUAAAGGACACUGCAUUUGGCUGACGCCUGACAUCCUCAAACGGGAUGGCAACUGGGGCGCCUGGAGUCCAUUCGGCUCCUGCUCACGCACCUGUGGCACAGGUGUGAAGUUCAGGACCCGCCAAUGUGACAACCCACACCCAGCCAAUGGGGGCCGCACCUGCUCAGGCCUCGGCUACGACUUCCAGCUCUGCAAUCCGCAGGACUGCCCCGACGCACUGGCCGACUUCCGCGAGGAGCAGUGCCGGCAGUGGGACCUGUACUUCCCGCACGGCGACGCCCAGCACCACUGGCUGCCCCACGAGCACCGGGAUGCCAAGGAGAGAUGCCACCUCUACUGCGAGUCCAAGGAGACCGGGGAGGUGGUGUCCAUGAAGCGCAUGGUGCAUGAUGGGACGCGCUGCUCCUACAAGGAUGCCUUCAGCCUAUGUGUGCGCGGGGACUGCAGGAAGGUGGGCUGUGACGGGGUGAUCGGUUCCAGCAAGCAAGAGGACAAGUGCGGUGUGUGCGGAGGGGACAACAGCCACUGCAAAGUGGUGAAGGGCACCUUCACACGCUCGCCCAAGAAGCUCAGUUACGUCAAGAUGUUUGAGAUCCCGGCAGGAGCCAGACAUCUGCUUAUCCAGGAGGUAGACACCACCAGCCACCACCUGGCCAUCAAGAACCUGGAGACAGGCAAGUUCAUUUUAAAUGAAGAGAAUGACGUGGAUCCCAAUUCCAAAUCCUUCAUCGCCAUGGGUGUGGAGUGGGAGUACCGGGAUGAGGAUGGCCGGGAGACGCUGCAGACCAUGGGCCCCCUCCACGGCACCAUCACCGUUCUGGUCGUCCCGCAGGGGGACGCCCGGGUCUCGCUGACGUACAAGUACAUGAUCCACGAGGACUCCCUCGGCGUGGACGACAACAACGUCCUGGAAGACGACUCCGUGGGCUACGAGUGGGCCCUGAAGAAGUGGUCUCCCUGCUCCAAGCCCUGCGGCGGAGGGUCCCAGUUCACCAAGUACGGCUGCCGCCGGAGGCUGGACCACAAGAUGGUGCAGCGAGGCUUCUGUGAUGCCCUCCUGAAGCCCAGAGCCAUCCGCCGGGCCUGCAACCCCCAGGAGUGCUCCCAGCCUGUGUGGGUCACGGGCGAAUGGGAGCCGUGCAGUCAGAGCUGUGGGCGGACAGGCAUGCAGGUGCGCUCUGUGCGCUGCGUUCAGACACUGCACAACAACACCACUCGCUCUGUGCACACCAAGCACUGCAACGACGCCCGGCCCGAGGGCCGCCGGGCCUGCAACCGUGAGCUCUGCCCUGGCCGGUGGCGGGCUGGGCCCUGGUCCCAGUGCUCCGUAACCUGUGGCAAUGGCACCCAGGAGCGGCCGGUGCUCUGCCGAACCGUGGACGACAGCUUCGGGGUCUGCCGGGAGGAGAGGCCUGAGACAGCAAGGAUCUGCAGGCUUGGCCCCUGUCCCCGAAACAUCUCCGAUCCCUCCAAGAAGAGCUACGUGGUUCAGUGGCUGUCCCGACCGGACCCCGACUCGCCGGUCCAGAAGACCUCGUCAAAGGGCCGCUGCCAAGGCGACAAGUCAAUGUUCUGUAGGAUGGAAGUCUUGUCUCGCUAUUGCUCCAUCCCAGGCUACAACAAGCUGUGCUGCAAGUCCUGUAACCUGCACGACAACCUCACCAACGUGGAUGACAGGGCAGAGCCACUGCCCGGGAAGCACAAUGACAUAGAAGACCUCAUGCCCACCCUCCCAGUGCCCACUCUAGUCAUGGAGGUGCAGCCUCCACCAGCCAAGCCCCUGGAGGUGCCUGUCAAUGCCUCCAACACCAGUGCCACUGAGGAUCACCCAGAAACCAAUGCUGUCGAUGUGCCCUACAAAAUCCACAGCCUGGACGAUGAAGUUUUGCCACCCAACCUAAUCCCUCGACGACCGAGCCUAUAUGAAAAGACCAGAAACCAAAGAAUCCAAAAGCUCAUUGAUGAGAUGAGGAAGAAAGAGAUGCUUGGAAAGGUCUAAUAAAAUGGAAAGAUAGCAUCAAUAGCAUUUUUUUUCUUGCUUAUAGAGAUAUUCCAUGGGAUGGCAAAUCCUGUGUCAUGGAGAUGAAGUCAAAAUUCCUGAUUCCAAAAGG